UCUUUCCUUGCUGCUUUGUUUCAUUGAUGAGGCGGGAUCAGUACUCCAUUAGGCUUCAAUUCACAUGCAAAUUGUUUUUUACUCCCUCCGUUCCUAAAUGUAAGUCUUUUUAGAUAUUCCACUACAAACUACAUACGGAUGUAUAUAGACAUACUUUAGAGUGUAGAUUUAUUCAUUUUGCUCCGUAUGUAGUCUAUAGUGGAAUCUUUAAAAAGACUUAUAUUUAGGAAAGGAGGGAGUAGUACAUAAGUACCUAACUCGUCAGGUAGUAACUCUAUCUGUGGGCUGAUUGUGCGAUGGCCGGGGCAGCUGAAUCUGCUGCCCACUCAUGUGGAAUGCUGUCAGUGUACUCAAAUCACCUAGUAUGUUCUGAAAUGAACAAGUGACAGUCCAAUGGAUUCAUCUAGUUAUAUUGUGGCUAGCAGUUUUGAAUGAUGAGUGAGCUAGACAGCUCGUGAACUCUUAGUUAAGCAAUUGUAGCUAUACAAGUAAAUUAAGAAUAUAGUUUGCACCAACUAAUUGAAUCCAAGUGUAAAUAGUGGCCGGUUGACUCCUAUUUUAACCAAGACACAAGUAACACUCAUUUAAUCCAUUUGGUUAGCUGCUCCGAGAGAAACAGAGGAUGAGAGACAUGGAGAAGAAAGAUCUAGCCAGAUUUUAUUUGCUAUUUUCUCUAUUGUAAUUCUUCUGUAGUAUGUUUCUGUGUCUUUGACUCUUUGUGGGUGACUUUUUAGGUGACCAUCCAAUUCUGAUCUCCGUCCUUUGGUAACCAUGGUGUUUCCUUCACGAUCCUUAUGUUCCGAUUUAUAUGAGUGACUUUUCUGAUUGACGGGUUUUCAAUCUUUUGUGAUUGUGCCACAUGAACAUAAAAUUCCACAUUAACCUGUUUUUCUCUACAUCCAAUUUAUUGCCAUUUCCUGUAACAUCAUUGGAACAUUUCAACGUUUGAAAUUAUGUCGCACCUUCACCUACAUGGCACCGGACAUUGCACUAGUCAUUUUCACUCUUUUCUUCCACUCAUGAUAGAGGUAUUAAUCACUUUCGGAUGGACCUGAUUUACUCCGUGUGUAAACCAAAUAAUUCUGCGUGGCCUUUUUUUCUCUCCAAACAUCUAUCGUAUUGCUAUCACACUGUAACAUCAUUGGAAUAUUUCAACGUUUGAAAUUAUGUCUUUACUUUAAAUGCAUGUUGCACAUGACAUAACUCUAGUCACUGUCACUUGUUUUUUUUAUAUUGGCCAUUAAUAAAAUUCAAAAUUAAGGCCACCUCCAUCUUAUUCAACUACUUGGACAUACACAUGGGAAGGGCAAGAAUAUAGUAGUCACCUCCACCUCCUCGCUCAACAACCUAUUAAGAAACAUUUGAGUUAAAACCACUAUGUGAUACACCCGCAAAAAAAAAACCACUAUGUGAUACGCACUGCAACUAGUGAGAUGAGUAUAAUAUCCCCAUGAGUUAUCUGUCCCAAGACCAAGAGGUGGAUAAACAAUUAGUUCUCCUGGAGAGAAAAAAAGUCAUAAGUAAGUGGUUGCCAGCGUCCAAUGUUUUCCUUCUCUUAAUGAAUGAAAGCAACGCCGCUGCUUUUUGCCAAAAAUAUCUUCAUUGGCUGACCCUGGAGAGUGAUAAGCAUUAUCGCCUAUUUAACGACCUGCACACAAGGAGAGGAGAGCACAAUACAAUAAUUAAGGACCUACCAUUCCACCUCCUUGCUCAACCAUGAAGACAUGGCAGCAUUUCAUGGUCCAUCUUCUCACUCAUACCCUCCUUUUUCUCGCAUCCAGCUCCUCUCAACCCACCAACAACCAAAGUAGCAACUACAGCACCGAUCUCUCUGUGCUCCUAAAAUUCAAAUCCCUCAUAACCAGUGACCCUACACGGGCACUGUCCUCUUGGUCUUGGGACCCUGUCAUCAACGGCACGAGAACGGCGCCAUUGCCUAAUUACUGUGAGUGGAUGGGCGUGGCCUGCAGCAACCGCCGGCACCCAGGCCAUGUCACUGCCAUACGUCUGCUUGCCUUGGGCCUUGUCGGCAGCAUCUCCCCGCAGCUCGGUAACCUGACCCACCUUCGCAUCCUCAGUCUUUCAGACAACAAAUUGAAAGGUGAGAUCCCAGGCAGCCUCAGUGGUUGUACAACACUUCAUACCUUGGAGUUGAGGGGGAACAACCUCUCUGGUUCCAUGCCUGCUUCUCUAGGUCUCCUAUCAAAGCUCAAAUUUCUCAAUGUUUCCGAUAACAAUCUGAUUGGUGAUAUUCCCAUGUCAUUCUCCAACCUCACAGCCCUCACGAAGCUUAGUAUGCGCAAAAACCAAUUCCAUGGCCAAAUCCCGAGUUGGCUCGGCAACCUGACAUCACUGACACUUGUAGGAUUAGCCCAUAACGGUUUCACUGGCCAUAUCUCUCCAGCUCUAGGUAAGAUGGCAAAUCUUUUUACGUUUGAUAUCAUGGAUAACAAACUGGAAGGCCCUUUUCCUCCAUCCAUGUUCAAUAUUUCCUCCAUCUUAUACUUCAGCAUCGGCUUCAACCAGUUUUCAGGAUCUUUGCCGCUUGAUAUUGGCCUUAAGCUUCCCAAGCUAAUGUUUUUGUUCACAUCUGCGAACCAAUUUACAGGACCAAUACCAGGCUCCCUGUCAAAUGCAUCGACACUUGAAGUUUUGGUCCUUGGCGGAAAUCAGUAUAAUGGUCUGAUUCCACGGGACAUUGGCAUCCAUGGUCAUAUCCGGGGAUUUUCGUUAGGGCACAAUUUCCUUCAAACCACAGAGCCUAGGGAUUGGGAUUUCCUCACAUCCUUAACCAACUGUAGCAACCUGGAAGUACUAGACCUUGAACAAAAUAACCUUGAAGGUGUUGUGCCAGUUUCUAUUGCCAACCUAUCUACAGAGCUCAAUUCGAUUGCACUUGGUAGAAACAAAAUAACUGGGUCCAUACCUGUAGGGUUAGGGAAGUUUAAAAAACUUACAAGGUUCAGCGUUGCAGAUAGCCUUUUCACAGGCACCUUGCCUCUGGAUAUUGGCCAGAUUCCUAGCCUCCAGUAUCUCGACCUAUCCCAUAAUAGAUUCUAUGGGCAGAUUCCACAAUCUUUAGGCAAUAUCACGCAAUUGAGCAACCUCUCUCUAUCUAAUAACUUUCUAGAUGGCAACAUUCCAGCAAGCCUUGGCACUCUCACAAAACUUGUAUCUCUGGAUCUUUCCGCUAACUCCUUGAGGGGGGAAAUCCCACAGGAGAUACUCAUGAUUCCCUCUCUUACGGUACUUCUCAACCUCUCCAACAAUGCUCUAAGUGGCUCCAUUCCAACACAGAUAGGAAAGUUGAACAGCCUUAGCGCAAUCGACCUAUCAAUGAACAAGCUCUCUGGUGAAAUCCCAGACACUCUCAGCAGUUGCGUCCAACUGAAUUUUCUAAAUUUUCAAGGAAAUCUUUUGCAUGGGCAAGUACCAAAAGGGUUUUCUUCCUUGAGAGGCCUCGAAAAGUUGGAUCUUUCUGAUAAUAACUUAGCAGGACCCAUUCCUGAGUUCCUCCAGAGUUUUGAGCUCCUAAUAUAUCUAAACCUCUCUUUCAACAACCUAUCUGGUCCCGUGCCAAAUGCAGGGAUCUUUCACAAUGCUACUGUAUUGUUGCUCCCUGGCAAUAGCAUGCUAUGCGGAGGUCCCCCAUCCUUGCAACUCCCUUCAUGCCCAUAUAUAAGUUCUAACCAGGCUGGGCAGCAUCGGCGUCGGCUCAUACUCUUUUGCAUGUUUGGAACUUUGAUCUUCUUCAUGUGCUCUCUAACUGGAUGCUACUUAAUGAAGACAAGAAUCAAACCGAACAAUGUUCUUCAUCAAGGAGUUGGAUUUCACCAAGAGAUGCAUGAGAGGAUAUCCUAUGCUGAGAUAGAUGCAGCAACAGAGUCAUUCUCACCGACAAAUUUGAUUGGUUCUGGAAGUUUCGGCAAUGUGUACAUUGGAACUCUAAAUCUCGAUGAGAGUUUAUGUACUGUAGCAAUCAAGGUUCUCAAUCUUUGCAAACGAGGAGCUAAUAGAAGCUUCUUGAGAGAGUGUGAGGCCCUAAGGAAGAUUCGACACCGGAAACUUGUCAAAGUGAUCACUGUGUGUAGCAGUUUGGAUCGUAAUGGUGAUGAGUUCAAGGCACUUGUCUUAGAGUUUAUCUCCAACGGAAAUUUAGAUGAGUGGCUGCAUCCAAACUCCAUGACUAACAGCUGGAACUUUAGAAGGCUAAGUUUGAUGGAAAGGCUAUGCAUUGCUCUUGAUGUUGCAGAGGCAUUAGAAUAUCUUCACCAUCAAAUUGAGCCAUCCAUAGUUCACUGUGAUAUCAAACCAUGCAACAUCCUUCUAGAUGAUGACUUUGUUGCACACGUCACCGACUUUGGUCUAGCAAAGAUAAUGCAUACUGAAGAAUGCGAGCAUGGUGGUGGUGGAACUGAAACCAGCUCAUUUGCGAUUAAAGGCACAAUUGGAUACGUCGCACCAGAGUAUGGCUCAGGAUCUGAACCCUCCAGGGAUGGUGACGUAUAUAGCUACGGUGUGUUGCUAUUGGAAAUAUUUACUGGAAGGAAGCCGACUGACAAUUUCAUGGAUGGUGUGACAAGCCUGGUCGACUAUGUCAGGAUGGCCUACCCUGAUAAGCUGCUGGAAAUAUUGGAUGCUAGUGCAACCUACAGCGGACACGUGCAACGGUUCAUAGAUGUAUUCUUAUAUCCUAUGUUUAAGCUUGGGCUAGCUUGCUGCGAGGAUUCCCCAAGGCACAGAAUGAAGAUAGACGAUGUAGUCAAGGAGUUGAACAUCAUAAAGAAAGCAUGCGCAGCUCACAUGGUUGUUCAAGAAUUUCAAACAACUGUCCUGAUCCAGGCAAGGAAUGAGGUGCUAUGAUAAUCUUUACGGCUCACAUGGUGUUUCCGAUUCUCACCCUGUGGCAUGUGGCAUUGUGGUCCGAGAAGCCUGUUUAUGGUGGCUCGGAUUUCCGAAGUCAGCAUUUCCAUUUUCCCCCCAUUAUUAUGUUUGUCCAGUAUACAUGUAUUUGUUUCUAGAAUAUGGGGUAUCCAUUUCCCCUGAAAUUGUAUGGUCUUUGGCCUGAAAGAAGUGCUACUCUGAUUCAGAGCGCUAAAAUUCAGGAAAGCAUUUGUUGCGAUCUGGUUGCUUCUCAGAUUUAGGCAAUCAAAAUUAAGGAAAGCAUAAACGCUGUGGUUCUUGUGCUUUCUUGUUGCUUUGAUUU